GCAGUUUUAAUUCUUAACUUGAAACUAUUAAAUUUCUUUAUUAUAAUAAAAGAUAUUUUGCUUAAAUAUACUCUCCAUAAUAUAUUAUACUAUUUAGUAUCUACAAUAUAUUUUGCAAACCCUAAACCACGACUUCGCUGUAUUAUGAGGAUGAAGAGAAGAAGACGACCGGAGAUGAGAAUUCCUUCUAUGGAUGUGGUGACGGAGGAGAUCCUUACGAGACUGCCUGCUAAAUCCCUUAUGAGAUUCAAGUGCGUCUCAAAACUUUGGUCAUCCCUAAUCAGCUCACGAUAUUUCAGCAACCGUUUCCACACGGUCCCGUCUCGAUCGCGUCCUCGACUUUACAUGUGUUUGAAGGAUCUCAAUGACAGCCAUAACUCCGCAAUACUAUCAUUGGCUCCAGACAUUAAGUCUUCUUGCUUUGUAGUUGACAACGAUCUGACCAUCCCACGUCUGGGAUGCUACAUCUUGCAAUAUCUUCCUGGCUUCAUAUGUUACACCUCUUGGGGAUUGCCGCGGAUCUAUAACCCUGCUACCAGACAACUUGUCACCUUCCCCACCGCCAUACCUCCAGAAGAAAAUAAAAUCGUCUCUUACUAUUUUGGACACGACCAUGUUAGCGACCAGUACAUAGUGGUAUGCUCAACUGGUGUCAGAUUGAGAAAUUUUCAAGAGAUGAGGUCAGAGCAUCGGGUCUUUGUCCUAAAAUCUGAAGGGAGAGGAUUUUGGAAAACGGCUGCUCCAACGUGUCCAGAUGACUUUCAUCCUCACAUCCCGACCAGAGGAGGAGUGUGUAUCGAUGGUGUUAUAUAUUACCUGGGUUGGACUGAUUCGUAUAAUUCUGUGCUUGUGAGUUUCCACAUUAGAUCCGGAGACUUUAAAAUGAUAAAAGUACCUCGCAGGGACGGAGAUGAGCUGCCUGGAAGGGUCGAAAAUGUGAGUCUUAUAGAGUAUGGUGGCAAAGUAACUCUCAUUGUCCAAACCGAUCUUAGAGAAAAAGGUAGACUGGAUUUAUGGACUGUGGAAGAUGCCGGGAGCAAUAAAUGGUCGAGAAGGACUCUGGUUUUGCAUCCUUCUCAGCUGUAUUUAGUCAAUAACAACAUUAGAUACAAAGUCAAAGGUACAACUCAAAAUGGCAAAAUUUUCUUGAUACCACAUGGUUUGAUUUCUCCCUUUCACAUUCUCUCUUAUGAUCUUCAAAGAAAUGAUAUGAAAAAGAUGGAAAUCAAAGGUGUACCUGAACACUGGUUUAGCAAGGCCAAAUUGACCGUUACAGUGAUGUUGAUGGAUCAGAGUGAGCGUCUUUCUAACGUGAUGCAUACGGGAUCAGAGUGAGAGUCUCAUCAUGUACAUACACACUUGAAUAAAUCACUGCUUUCUACCUCUAAUGCAUGUUUUGUUUAGACUAAGAUCACAGUUUAAUUUCUAUAUCCCUUAAUAUAUUCGUUAUUUUUAUAUGAUAUUUUAUUGAUUUUGUAUAGUAUAUGGUGUUUUCUUGAAUUCAUCAAGUAAUCUCUCUAGAAAUAAGCCACUUCCAUUAACAUCCUCAAGGAUCUCAACUUGUCUGUCUACACUAAAUAUUGAUUUUCUUUGAACCUGGAAAGCUAUUGAUAAACAUUUCACAAUUUGGGACGCACAAGGGAUUCAAGACAAAAAAA